CCAUAUAAAAAACCGAGCUGUUUACACUGGGGUCCAUCAGAACACCAGUCAAGAGGAAGAAGAAGAAGAAAAACAUCAGCAGCUUCACACCUGACCUCCAGCUGAGCCUUUGGAACUUUUAAGGUUUAAAGAACCUGACUGAGCUGCAGACACGAGAGAAACCUGACCCGACUGACAUCCGACCAGAACCAGCAUGUUUCCAGCAUCAAACAACUCCAAGGUUACGGCCAUCAGUCUUGUCCCCCUAGUAAUGAUGAUGAUGAUAAUGAUGGUGACCAUGACAGAGGCGGCACCGAAGCACAACAAGAAGCAUUCAGAUAAUUCUGCAGAAGAAACCGUGUCCCUCCUUCUGGAUCCCGAUGCUCUGGUACCCAGCAGAAACCUCCGUCCGCUGGAGAAUGCGUCCAUCUCACCGUGGACCUACAACACAACCAGCGAUGACUCGCUGUUCCCACCAGUGAUGUCAGAGGCCCAGUGCUUGCUGCUGGGCUGCCUGGACCUGUACGGGAAGGAAGACCUGAACUUGAGGUCCCGACCCAUCAUGCACCAAGUGCUGGUGCUGCGGCGGAUCAAGAGAGAGGGGCCGGGGCACAACUACCAUUACCGGCUGGAGUCCCGCCUCAUCGCAGUGGGCUGCACCUGCGUCCGACACGUGGUCCACGUCCAGGAGUGAAGACCUGCUGGAAGACUGAAGAUGGCGAAGAAAAGUCCCCAAAACUGCAGUGAUUUAUUUGAGAAUUUAUCAUAAAUAUGAUAACUGAUAGUUUAGAUGAAGUUGGGUCGAGCUGAUUUAUGUCCCUCUGACACCUACCUUCUGUUUUUCUGUACAGAUUAUUUUACAUCAGACUGGAGAAACUACACCACUAAGUUAAACAGAAGACGUUUCAUUUCUUAUUUAUGCUUAUUUAAGUUUUAUUUAAGUGCUUUCUGGACUGCAGCAGCUAUUUAUUAUUUGUAAGUUGAUGUAUUUAUUGUCUAAAUGUGCCGAGUCAAUAAAGUUAAACGGAGCAAACAGAUAAAGUGUUCUUGGUUUAUUCUUUAAAAUAUAAUGGGAUUUCUGCAUAUCUCAAACAUAUCAGGUAACUUUACAAUGAUGGAGUGGAAAGCAGGGGAAAGCACUGCAACACACUUCAUUGAUUCAUUGAGUCAUUGAGUCAUUCGUUCAUUGAUUCAUUCGUUUAUUAAUUCGUUCAUUCAUUAGGAUCACUGUGUUUUUAUGGUGAUGUGAUAAUGUUGAUUAGACAAUUUCAACAGACUGUGACGAAGUAAAAUUGGAUGGCAUUGACUCGGGUCUCCUGUCGGGUCCCUAGUUGCUGGACAGCACUGACUCAGGUUUCCUGUCGGGUCUUCAGUUGCUAGACAGUAGUGACUCAGGUCACCUGUCGGGUCCCCAGUUGGUGGACAACACUGACUCGGGUCUCCUGUCAGGUCUCUAAUCGGUGGACAGCACUGACUCGGGUCUCCUGUCAGGUCUCUAGUCGGUGGACAGCACUGACUCGGGUCUUCUGUCGGGUCUUCAGUUGCUGGACAACACUGACUCGGGUCUCCUGUCAGGUC